AUGGUCGCCGUCUUCGUCGUCUUAUCCGCUUGUGGGUGUGUUAUGCCCAGACUGGAGGAGUUUUAUCAAAAGCACCUGAGCCGCGCGACCAACCUCCUCAACCGACACAUGUCCAUCGGCUUCACCAUCCCUUUUGUCAUGAUCUGUCGCGGACCACUUGCUGAUGCCCGCACCGUGGGGCUUGUUAUUGCUUGCUUCGUGCUCACGGGAAUCAUCAACGCUGUCACAACGUAUCUCCUGGCUUUACCGAUUCACUCGUUGAUGGUCCGCUGGAAACGAUCAUGCACUCUCCCCCGCGAGUCGGAUAACAUGGAAGUGAUUGAAGGCCGCAGGGAACGGUGGAGCUGGAUGUCGUCAAAGCUGAUAUUCGAGCCCAAUUCCAUGGCCAGCAGCUUCAACUUCGGUGUGUCUUGUUCCGGCGAAGAGAGCGCUUGUGAAGGGACCCGACCCCCGACUUCCCUCGAAAAUACCCCGCCUACAGUGGUACAUGAGACACCGAGGACAGGAUUUCGAGGAUGGCUUAGCCGAAACCCGGUGUUGGUUCUGUGUUGGUUCCUGACUUUCACCGUUGGGAUUCCCCUACGAUAUGCGGUGCAUCGUGACGCCCCUCUUGCGACCUUUCUCCUCUUCGCCACUUGGUUCACUAUGCUGGAAGUUCAAAGAGCCGUCAAAAGUGCCCAAGGGCUCGCUCCCUGGAUACGAAUCACCCUGACCGGUUCUCUCAACGCGGUACUAUGGACUUCGUUUGUCAUGAUGUCGUAUAUCUACGUUGACGCUGCGAUUAGUGAUCGAGCCUUGGGCAAGAUGCUGGACACCUUGCAGACCAAGACAACCCUCUCCCACCUCCUCCUACAUAGUGUCAACGGCGGAGUCGAUGCCGAGGGAAACAAGCUCAACGUAUCCAUGGCCGCAGGCGAUAUCGCCCAGUCCAUCUUGAAUGCCGGUUUGGUGGCCUGGGGCCUAAAACUUUAUGAAUACCGCCGCCAGUUACUCUCCCGCGCCGGGUUGACCGUUCUCAUAGUCUCCUCCAUUCUCGCCAUCGGCAACGUCGCGUUGGGUCCUCUCUUCACUCGCGCCAUUGGCCUCGGCCCCGCCUCCCGCAACAUCGCCUACACUGCUCGCAGCGUCACCAUUGCGAUGGGUACCCCGGUCAUGAUUACCAUGGGAGGCGAUGCUAGCCUCAACGCGACCAUGGUGGUUAUUAGUGGGAUCAUCUUCCAGAUGGGACUGGGGUUUGGGCUUGGUAGCUGGUUGGAACGGACGAUUUUCUCGUGCUUCGUCAAGCAGCAAGAGGCAACUGAGAAUACCUCACCCGAACAGUCCGAGGAGAAGCCAGAAGGAGAAGCUAAGACUGAACCUAAGGCGAGCCAGGCUGAGCUGCUCACUGUGCCCGUUCGGCGGUCAUUCGACCUCGAGGCUCAACAGGCACCUACGACAGCACCUACCAUAACUCCACCCGCACAAGGCGAGGGAAUGAACGACCCGCAUACGGUAGCGGCUGGUCUGACAAUCGGUAUCAACUCAGCCGCCAUGGGAACUGCAUACUUGUAUGAGGUCGGAAGUGAGGCGGCGCCAUACUCGGCUCUGGCAAUGAUGGCAUUGGGAGUCAUGACGGUCGCGUUCGCAAGUAUCAAGCCGUUGGCGGAGUGGGUGGUGGCAAGCGUGGGCGGGACUAUGCCAUGA